AAGGAGGGGAACUGCGUGGAUGGUCGACAUCAAGUCGGCGAGUGUGGCAGAAGAGCUCAUGGAGAGCGUUGCUUCGCACAUUUCAUUGAAAACUGUGCUAUAAUUCAUUCUAAUUUGCUUGACAAUCGCGCUAAGAAUCGCACACGAGAUGUUGCCGAGACGACGCGUCAUUGAUCUUCUACAGGUCAUUUCAUCUCAGUCAUGCAGGUGCCCUGCACACGGAAAUCCCGGAGCAACUGGUGUUCGCGAACACGGAAAAGCUCGAAGCACCGCGGCAAAUGUCGCAGCCGGUAAAGAAUACGCUUUCGAGAUGGCUUGCUCCACAGUGAGAUACGGAGUAGGAGUAACGAGAGAAUUGGGGAUGGACAUACAAAAUAUGCGAGCGAAGAAAAUAUGUUUGAUGACAGAUCCACAUUUGGUGAAUCUAGCGCCCGUAAAAACUGCUAUCGACAGUCUCGCCAAGCAUGGCGUUCAUUUCGAGAUUUAUGAUAAGGUACGCGUGGAACCAACCGAGCAAAGUCUACAGGACUCUAUCGAGUUCGCCAAGCGCGGAAACUUUGACGCUUUCGUAGCGGUUGGCGGCGGUUCCGUAAUGGACACCUGCAAAGCUGCAAAUCUAUACAGUUGCGACCCAGACGCCGAAUUUUUGGAUUACGUGAACGCACCGAUCGGGAAAGGAAAGCCGAUCCAGGUGCCUCUGAAACCGCUCAUUGCCGUUCCGACCACCUCAGGCACCGGUUCUGAAACAACUGGCGUUUCCAUCUUCGAUUAUCGGCCACUAAAGGCUAAAACUGGGAUUGCAAACAGAGCCCUGCGUCCAACCUUGGGGAUCAUCGACCCUCAACAUACCCUGACUUUACCAGAAAAGGUUUGUGCUUAUUCUGGCUUCGACGUGUUAUGCCACGCACUGGAAUCUUUCACAGCGAUACCCUACACGGAAAGGACACCAUGCCCGACAAAUCCAAUCCUAAGACCAGCCUAUCAAGGCAGCAAUCCUGUCAGUGACGUUUGGGCGCGAUACGCUCUACAAGUUAUGCGCAAAUACUUUCAACGAGCAGUUUACAAACAAGAUGACCUAGAAGCAAGAAGCCACAUGCAUUUAGCAAGUACUAUGGCAGGUGUUGGCUUUGGCAAUGCCGGAGUCCACCUUUGCCAUGGUCUCUCGUAUCCCAUCAGCGGAAACGUCCGAACUUUCCAACCAGAGGGUUAUAGUAAAGAUCAUCCUAUUAUUCCUCACGGUCUAUCCGUGGUGAUUUCCGCACCAGCGGUGUUUUCCUUCACGGGAAAUGCAUGUCCGGAGAGACAUUUGGAGGCUGCGGAGUUGCUUGGUGCAAAUGUCAAGAGUGCCAAACAGGCGGACGCCGGCAAAAUUUUGGCCGACACGGUUAAAGAGUACAUGCAAAUGAUGAAAGUCGAAAACGGCUUGACGGAGCUCGGUUUCAAGAAAGAAGACAUUCCUACACUAGUUAAGGGGACAUUGCCUCAGCACCGAAUUACGAAACUGGCGCCACGUGAGCAAUCCGAGGAGGAUCUUGCGCAAUUAUUUGAAAAUUCGUUUACCAUAUACUAAUAAUCACUUUGUGAUUAUUAGUCUGAAGAAUUAAAGUCAUCUUUUGACAAAACGCUUGUGUAUACCAGAUGUAUAUAUCAGAUGUUCGUAACAAAUACACAUUCUAUUUUCUUACCCUAAAAAGUUACGAGAAAGCGCAUCAAAUGUGCUGCGAAACAUGUUUCUUAUCAAACUUACUUUGUUAUCUUGGUUAAAAAUUUAAUGGUUAAACGAAUUAAUUGUUAAACGACUCAAAUGAUUAACAAA